UAUGUUUGACAAAAUAUUUGUCAAAUUGUUUCAAGUUUUUCGCAUUUAUUUAGAAUGACUACACACUCUCAUAAAGUUCGCCGCGUGCAAGGCCACGAAUGCAGUCUUCCUCAAGAAGACGAACUAAUCACACUUUACAUAAACGGAGGUUUGUUUGUAGAAUUUCGUCGAAAAUUCCGCCAGUAUCUAAUGGUCAGCGCUGCAAAUCCCGAGAGCAAAAGCGUUCUAAAAUCCACUGCUCAAAUUCGGCUUGAAGAAUCCAGACAUCUCCGAAAGUAUUACCAUAUGAUCCAUCCGUUUAGUGAAGCGAGAAUGACGUGGGAAAUGAUAAUGAUCGUUGUCUACACUAGUCUUCUAAUACUUAUGCCACUGGAAAUGGGGACUCCGAUUACUCAACCAUUGGUUCUCUAUUCGAAAUUCUUCUUGGAUUUAAUUUCACUUAUGGACAUCGCCUUGUUUUUUUGUACUGGAUAUUUCGAUGCCAGAAAACACAAGAUAAUAUUGAAACCUACGAGUAUUUUAAAGCAUUAUGUCUUUCCAUUUUUUUUCUUGGACUUGAUCUCGUCUUUACCUUACAACAUGUAUAUUAUGCAGACGGAAAAUCACGACUUGAAAUGGAUGAAAUAUUUUUAUUUAGUUAAGUUGACACGUUUACCAACUCUGAGCAAAUAUAUAAGGAAAUUUUGCAUUAGAAUGGAAUUAUAUAGUUAUAAAUUGUCCACAGUCAAUUUUGCAUUAUGGUUUUUUACUGCAAUUUGGUGGGCUACAGCGAUCACUUUGAUUGUAUACGCCACAGUAGAAAAUUUUUCCCUGCAGUAUUAUAUCGAAAAUCCAGAUAUUUUUAAUCCAACUUUGGAAUCAUGUUACCAAGUUGUUAGAGCGUUUAUGUUGGUGGCAAUGAGCAGGAUACAGUCUGAUAAACCUCUUUCAAUGAUUUUUAAUAUAAUAUGUGUUUUAAUUGGGAGUGUAUUAAAUAUGGUUAUUUUAGCUCAAGUUAUGCAAAUUUAUAAACGUCAUUCAAGCUCUAGAAACAAAUAUGACAAUUUGAUCCAAGAAAUUGCAGAAUAUAUGAACUACAAAGAACUACCACCGCCUAUAAAAAAGAGAGUUUUUCGCUAUGUCGAAUUUAAAUUUCAAAAAAAUAUUUUCAAAGAAGCUGACAUUCUGAACACUUUAUCGAAAAUUCUCAAACAGGAUAUUUUGCUACACAAUUGUAAGAAAAUGGUGGAGAAAGUUGAUUUUUUUAAAGGAUUACCAGGCUCUUUAAUUUUGCGUUUGGUAACAAAGCUACGUUCGGAAAUUUAUUUACCAAACGAUCUUAUUGUCCAAGCUGGUAUUCCAGGAAAUGCAAUGUAUUUUAUUUACGUUGGUUCGGUAGCUGUCUACACCAUCAACAAUCAAGAAAUCUGCCAUUUGGAGGAUGGAAGUUACUUUGGUGAAAUUUCUUUAGUUAUUAAUGAACCUCGAGUGGCUAGCGUCAUCGCUAUAACAAAUUGUGAAGUGUUUAGACUCAGUCGCAAAGACUUUAUGGAAGUAAUGGAACCCUACCCUAAUUUAACGGGCAAAAUACGCGAGAAAGCUUUAAGCAGAUUGAAGAAAACAAGACAAAUGACAGACGACUACCAGGAAAAAACAAAAUCUCAUAAGAUUUCAGUUGCUUUUGAUGAGUCAACCGUCCUUGGUUAAGUUGCGUUAUUUAAAACUUUGUUUAAUAAAACAUUAA